AUGUCUUGUCUCUUUAAAGCUCAUGGAAAGUUUCGAGUGCCUCUUUCACUUAAAUCUUUUGAACAGACACAGGUAGUUUCAGCAAAAUUUGUCAUGAAGACAGACGAUGAUGCAUUUGUUCGGGUGGAUGAAAUUUUGGCCUCCUUGAAUAGGAUUAAUGUGAGCUGUGGUUUGCUUUAUGGGCUCAUUAAUUCUGAUUCACAUCCUCAUCGAAGUCCUGAUAGCAAGUGGUACAUUAGUCCUGAAGAAUGGCCAGAUGACUCCUAUCCUCCUUGGGCACAUGGUCCUGGAUAUGUUGUAUCAAAUGAUAUAGCACAGGCAAUCUACAAGAGAUACAGAAAAGGCCAACUUAAGAUGUUCAAGCUAGAGGAUGUGGCUAUGGGAAUUUGGAUUUCAGAUAUGAAGAAGCAAGGUUUGGAAGUAAAAUAUGAAACAGAUGAGAGGAUCUUCAAUGUGGGAUGCAGAGAUGGCUAUGUAAUUGCCCACUAUCAAGGUCCUCGAGAAAUGCUUUGUCUUUGGCAGAAGCUUCGGGAGGCAAAACGUGCCAACUGCUGUGGCGAUUAG